AAAUAUAUGGAUUAGAAGCCCAAAAUAAACAUCAACGCAAGAUAGGAAACAGAAAGAAAGCGAGCCGGCGAUUAUGUGCGACAGUCCUCUCUUUGGCGAGUUCGGCCUGGGCAUCCACAACAACCUCCCAGGUCCCAUCUUCCCGUACUCCUUCGACCUCUACAGGGACGAUCCCAUCGACAACCUCGUCGAUCCCGGACUGACGGCGACGCCAUAUACUUCGUCGCCGAACUCGUCGUUCCCGUCGCCAGAGCAAUUGUCCGGGUCCUCGCCGCUGAGCUGCCACGAGUACUUUGUCGACCCCCGAGACAGCAUCGGCAGCCUCGACGCAGCAACCAUCGCCCCUCGUGAGACGGUCGCUCACAACAACACGGCCGUCGCCAAAAACAGCAGCCACGGCCCCAGCAGUCACAACAUCAGCAAUGCCAGAAGCAACAACGGCAAGCCGAGCAAGGCAAUCCCAAGCUCGGCUUUGGCAUCGGCCUCUUCCCAGAACCCGGAUGCUUCGGGCUCAGCAGCUCAACCUCGCGCCAAGAAGCAAAAGACAACCAUCACCGUCAAGCUGGAGCCUCAAGAACCCCAACAGCAGCGCCCGCGACAGCAGCGCCAACGACAGCCCUCGCCGCCGAAACGAAAGCCCGCGCGGCGAGGCUCCACGGCAAAAAAGGAAGAUGUGGCCCAGCGCACCAAGAACCUGGAGCGCAAUCGCAUUGCCGCAUCCAAGUGCCGCCAGAAGAAGAAGGAAUGGGUGGUUGAUCUCGAGGUGAAGAAAGACUCGAUGCAGUUGCGCCACGCCGAACUGCGCGCCGAGUAUUCGAGCCUUGUCGAAGAAGUCACAGCCAUCAAGAACGAGCUCAUGGCCCAUGCCAAGUGCCAAGACCCCAACAUCAACUUCUGGAUCGAAAAGGAAGCGCUCAAGUAUGUUGAGAGAUGCAUGGGCCCGCCUCCGGAGCGGCGUCCAUCCAUGCUGGGGAAUGCCGCAUCUGGAUCCAGCACGCUGCCCUCGCCGGCAGAGUCUCACCGGUCCCAUCAGGAGCCGCCGCUACCGAGGCCUGAAGGGGAUAUCAAUCUCGACUACAUGCCUGACGAGCUACUGACCGGUGACUUUGUGUGAAGGGAAAUGAAAAGACAAGACAUGAUACAACAAGACAAGAAAAUCAGGACAUGGGAUAGGAGAUCUUUGCGGCCAGGAGCUAGUUUAGCGUCAAUGGAUUUCUGUGGCGGAUCGAACGGGACAGGAUGGCAUUUUCCGACGAGGAAAAUCAGCAUCUCACGGCUGUACCGUAGUGCUUUUUAUUUUAUUUUUUUUAUUUUAUUUAUUUUGCCCCUCGUAAGGAGUAAGAGGGCUGGGAGUAAUGGAAGGAUGGCGAUGGGUACAAAAUAUCAUCACGGAGGAUUGGGAAAGAAUGAGCUAGGCGUUUGCGCAUGUACCUACUUGCAAUGGAAAGGAGGUGGUUGACCUAGUAUAUGAUGGAUGGCCGCACAUACAAAUAUUAAAAGAAGGGGAAAAAAAAUUAACAACAAAGAAAUGCAAACCUGUGUCUUGGCUUUGACUCUGAAAUUACAGACAGCUUUGACUCUGAGUAUUAAUAGUUUUGAUUUUGAAAAUAUAGACCGUUUUGAUUCUGAAAGUACAGACAGCUUUGACUCUGAGUAUUAAUAGUUUUGAUUUUGAUAAUAUAGACAGUUUUGACUCUGAAAGUACAAACAAGAGCUGAUAGAUGAAAUUUAUAUACCUUGAGAGGCAGAUUCAACUCUGCCAUUAUUCAAUUUUCCGUCCCAAGUCUGUACCUGUGAGAACAUUUUUACUCAACUUUACUUAUUUUGAUUAUUGAGAUGUAAUAUUUUGUUAUUUUAUUCCCUCUUGCAAGUACAUGCGGUACCUUCACUAGCCCAUCUACAGCCACUCCCUUUUUUAUACACAUAACAAGAAUAUCGUACAGAUGUCAUGAACUUCUAUUUUGCUCUUCCCAUCUCCAUGACCAAUUUCACCUCCUCUUGGUCCAUCCCCGGGCAUUGGACAAUCCCUUGAUGCGCUUCGUGUACUUCCACAAAUGCCUAUACGCAGGGCCCUGUCUCUUGGCCUCCCAGCCGCGCGGCUUGACGGGCGGCUUCAAGCUGUGCACGCGCGUCGGCCUGAACUCGACGUCUGCGCCGGCCACGCCGUGGCGCGCCAUGACGCCGGCGGUGUUGUCGUCCCAGACGCUGCGGAACAUGUUGAAGCCCACGGGCGUGAGGCUGAACUUGUCGCGGAACGACUUUAGCGAGAAGCCGUCGCGCGAGGCGUAGAGCUCCUUGAGCUGUGCAACGUCGAGCUUGGUGUCGGGCUUUUGCUCGAGGAGGUAGAUGCUCAGGCGGUGGUAAGGGCUGCCCUUUUGCGCAGUGGGCGGCAGCCACGGCACGGCGAGCUGGUCGGCGGCGCGGAUCCUGCUCAGCGGCAGAGACGUGUCGCUGGGGCUGAGCGAGAUGUUUGCCGCGAGGAAGUGGCAGCGCUUGGAGAAGGCGUCCUUUUCGACGUCGGGCACGUCCGAGUCGAGCACGACGAGGGAGACGAGCCGCGGGCCCUUGUCGAAGACUUGGACGCGCAGCCGCGGCGGGUUCUCGCUGACGAGGGAGUCGACAAUCUCGCCGGGCGGGAUCUUGGAUUGGCGGAAGUAGAGCUGGACGUCGGCCACGGGGUCGAGCUUGGGGAGGACGUCGGGGACAAUGUUGAACUGCUUGAUGCGCUGCGUGAUGAGGCGGUAGUCGUAGGAGCGCCAUUUGCGCUCGGCGUAGUGCCGGUAGAUGGGCUUGUCCAUGUCUCCUAGUCCAUCUUCAAAGCGCUUCUUGACCAGCGGGUCGUUGAUAUCCGCCUGGAUCUUGAGCUGCUCGACAUAGCGCCUCAAACUAGCCAGCUUCGUAUCCUUCAUUGCCUGUCCGCCCUUGACCAGCGCCGCGUCCUUCUUCUCCAGCAGCGAAAUCUUCUCCAGCUCCUCCUGGAUCUUGGCUACCUUUUCUUGUCGGUCCGCCGCAAGAAUGGCUCGCGCUUCCUGAAAGGCCUGGUACGGCAGCUGCUCAAAGGGGAGGCUGGCGGUGGUGCGCAUGGCGACUCUUCGUCUCCGGGACCCGAUGGGCAUUUUGCCCGCCUUGAUGAGGUCGCUUUCGAAUUCCGGCAGGACGCUGUUGGGAUCGAGGUCCAGAGGGCUGGGCUGUGCUGCUGCCGCCGAAGAGGUUUCAGCAGCAGCAGAGGCGCGGGCAGCACCCGUUGUGAAGGGCCUGAUUGCGCAUUGUGGGCGCAAUUGCCGUGCCAAUGGCCUCGCUACAGCCUGGCACCGCGACAUGGUCGACGCUGUG